UCAUUAUUAUGAGUCUCAGUAUAUUGUAGAAGUUUUGCAGAACAAAAUAAAUAACAAGAUAAUGUGAUUAGACGUCUCUGAUCUCUGAUUUAAAUUGAUUUUAUUUGUCAUUUCAAAGUGGGUGGAUGUGUAUUGUCAACUUACUUUGGGUAAUAAAUGUUUAUAGUUUUUUUUAAUUGAAAUAAACACUGUUUAAUUACGAAUAGCACUUAAAUGUUUUUGUUUUCUGAACAUAAAUAAGCGGUAAAAGUGUACCAGUUUAACAGAGUUGUGAAUCUAGGAAGUGAUCAACAAUGGCAGAUGUUGGGUUUCCCGGUCAACACACCACCACAACAACGGUCACAUCAAGUACCACCGUACAAACAAACAUACGCUUUGACCCAUUGUACAUACGGACUAUUCCUGGCAUACUCAAAGUGGUGCAAGUGGCUUGCAGCUUGCUCGGAUUCAUCUGCAUCCAAUUCUCGGCGCUGAACAAUGCGGGUAAGGGCUCGUACUUCAGUUGGAUCUCAAUGGUGGCCUUCUGGUUCACCGGCAUCCUGCUCGGCUUCUACCUGUUCCAUAUUGUGGAGAAGUUCUACAAGAUCCCCUGGCUCAAGAUCGAGUUCGUGUUCUGCUCACUGUGGACCCUGCUGUACUGCAUCGCCGCCAUCCUAGCCGUCACCGUGAGGGACAACCCCCACUCUGCUGCAGCGUUUUUCGGGUUCGUGGCGACGGCCGCGUACGCGAUGGACGCGUUCGUGAAGUGGCGCGCGGUGCGGGCGGGCGGCCUCGCCCAGGGCACGCGCGUCGUCUCCAAGCAGACCACCUCCGCCGUCACCACGCCCCCGCCCAGGGAGGGCUACUAGCCGCUCGGUCCCACACAAACUCCUUUCACAUUAUCUGAGUGCAACAACAUGCACGUAGCAUUUCUAAUAAACACAAACUUUUUUCACUGUUAAUAACUAUAAGACUAAAAUGAAUUCGUUUAUUUACAAAUAUUUAUAUACUAAUGUUUUAAUGUUAUAUACAAACUUUUUCAUGAUAUAUAUAUUGGUUUAUGAUCGACAUUACAAAUAAAGUGCCUUAUAAUAUAUUUUCUUAACAAAAUGUGUUUUUAUAAUACUAAGCAUAAUUUUUAUAUGCCGACAAUUAUUCUGAAUGCACAAGGCGACAAAAAGAUAAAAUAAGUGAUAAAGAAAUAAAUGUUUAUACAAAUGUAAAUCUGCCUCAUUAGUAUUAUUAUUUAACAUAUUCCAUUUUAUGCUUAAUACGAGUGAAAGUUACAUUUAUUUAUACUCUAUUUUGUUUGUUUUAAGAUCAAAUGUGUUUAUUGUUAUUUACUACAGUUUUUUAUUGUUUUUUUUGCUUAAUUCAGUUUAAUCAUGUACUUACUUUUUACUACUUUUUCUAUUAUUGUUCUGUAUUCGUUUUAUUUGUAAAUCUGUAAAUAUUUUGAGUUUUUCUUAGAGUUAGGUAAGGAUCAUACAUUGUUACGAUGUUUAUAUACUUUUCUCACAUUUAUUAUUGAAUAAGAAAAAUAUAAAAGGUAUGUUUAUUUUUGUAAUAAUAUAUUAAAGAAAGGACAGCUGUAAGGCAAACAUUGAAAUAUUAUUUACAUGCAAUGCACAAACACUAAAACUUUUAUUAUAAAUUAAAUGUUUCAUACUUUUUGAUAUUUAAAAAACAAUUAACAGGGUUUUUGGAAUGUAAUUUUGAUACUUUUUUUUACCACUUUCUGUAAUUUCUAUAAAAAUGUUUUUUUUUUCAACUUUGUAUAAUAGUUUAAAUUGAACCAAAGAGACGAAUUUACUUUUAUUUUAUUUGCUCAACUAUUCUGAUCUGAACAUGACAUUGUCAGGUGACAUACAUCUUUGUAAUGUUUUAAACAUACCCUCUUUAUGUUUAGACAUUUCUAUUAUACUUGUGUAACACACAAUUUUUAUCACAAAUAUAACAUUCACUAAAGCAUUUUAUUCAUUUCAUAAUAGUGUUUAUUUUAUAUUAACACUAUGUAUACUCUUUACAAUUGACAAUUAAAGUAAGUUUUUAUAUUGUAAGUAUAACUAAAUUUUGACAAAUAUUUUAAUGUAUCCUCAUAAGAUAAAGUUAAUUGAAUUUUUAACAAUUUAUAGUUGUUUUAUUGUAAUUUUAACAAUUUGUGAGCGAUCUGAAGUAACACAGAUAAUAUCCAAAACAAGUUGGUAUCAAAGGUUUUUUACAAAAUGCUUGUGAAAUUUGAGUUCAGUUUCCUUAAUUUGAUUUAUAUACGCCUCUCUAAAUAUUAUUUUAUUUUGUUUAAUUUAAUUGUAAGUAUUAAUAAUUUAACCAUCUCUUCGGUUAUUAAGUUUGUAAUGUAAAUUGUUUAAGUUUUUUUCAAACAACGACUCGACGGCUUCACACUGCCAACAAAAAGAAACCUAUAGACAUUAUUUUUAGGUGGAAAAAUCACUUUUCCCAGUUUGUUUCAAAUCAUCUUAAUAUAAAUUUUUUGACUCUAUUUUUUGUUUUAAGACUAUUCCUGUCAUACUGUGUACCGAGUGGCUAUUGAUUUGUCUUCUGCAUUGUAGUUUUUGUUGUUUAAAGUGCCUUAUAUAAAAAUUUAUAUUACACUGGCAUAAAUACUGUUAUCAAACAUGCACAAUGUAACAACUACUUACUAUAUUUCAUAAUUAAGCAACAACUAGUCUUACAAUUACCACUAAAGAUGUACACAAAGUAGAAAAAAAUGCAUAGAUAUCGCACUUCUGGAUACAUUUUUAUUGAAUGUUAUAAAUUUCAAUAUCUCAGCUACAAUGUCAACAAC